CCGAGCCGAGCUGCCACCGUGUCCGAGCCGGAGGCACCGCCGCCGCCGCCGCCGCCGGAGUGUCGCGGGCCCGGAGUCCGCCUGGAACACCCUCCUCGCCGCCAGCCACGUCGCAGCGCCCGCCGGAGCCGCCUCGCCGCCCGCGCACACCCGAAGCGGCCGGGCCGGGCCCGCCUCGGCCCUCUGCUCGUCCUCCCCGCCCCGCACCGGCCUUCACUCUGGAGCGGCCCCGGCAGCCGCAGCAGGGGCGGCGGCGGCGGAUCGAGGAGCUCUCCAGGUCGUCCCGGGAGAGGCUGCUGCAGUCCCGGGACAGGAUGUUUUCCAAGUUCACCUCCAUCCUGCAGCACGCCGUGGAGGCGCUUGCACCUUCUCUUCCUUUACAAGAAGACUUUGUUUAUCACUGGAAGGCAAUUACCCAUUACUACAUAGAGACUUCGGAUGAUAAAGCCCCAGUGACAGAUACAAAUAUUCCAUCUCAUCUGGAACAGAUGUUGGUUAUCUUGAUACAAGAAGAAAGUGAACGGGAAUUUGGAGAGACGGGGCCAUGUAUGGAGUAUUUACUUCAUCACAAGAUCUUGGAAACAUUAUAUACCUUAGGGAAAGCUGAUUGCCCUCCGGGGAUGAAACAGCAGGUUUUGGUGUUCUAUACCAAACUUCUGGGGAAAGUCCGGCAGCCACUACUUCCACAUAUUAACGUGCAUAGGCCAGUGCAGAAAUUAAUUCGACUGUGUGGUGAAGUCCUUGCAACGCCAACAGAAAAUGAAGAAAUUCAGUUUCUCUGCAUUGUGUGUGCAAAGCUGAAACAAGAUCCCUACUUGGUUAAUUUUUUUCUGGAGAACAAGUUUAAAUCUCUGGCUUCUAAAGGAGCACCAAAUGCAACUUCAGAAGAUGUAUUAAAAGGUCAAGAUUCCUUGUCAACAGAUACAGGACAGUCCUGUCGGCCAGAGGAACCGUCUGGUGCUUCUGGAAUGGAGCACACCGAGUUAGAGGAUGCGCCGCCUCCUCAGCCGGAUGAUCUGUCCACAGGCUUGGACAACCUCAGCAUCGCUGCACUGCCAGAGGCCACAGUUGUUCGUCCAAACCAGGAUUACAACUUAGUGAAUUCUUUGUUAAAUCUUACUAGAAGUCCUGAUGGCCGAAUAGCUGUGAAAGCCUGCGAGGGCUUGAUGCUGCUAGUGAGUCUGCCAGAGCCAGCGGCCGCCAAGUGCCUCACGCAGAGCACCUGCUUGUGCGAACUGCUCACAGACAGGCUCGCCUCCCUGUACAAGGCCCUACCUCAGUCAGUGGACCCCUUAGAUAUUGAAACAGUGGAAGCAAUUAACUGGGGCUUGGACUCAUAUAGUCAUAAAGAAGAUGCUUCUGCAUUUCCAGGAAAACGAGCCUUAAUUUCAUUUCUCUCCUGGUUUGAUUAUUGUGAUCAACUCAUAAAGGAAGCACAAAAGACUGCUGCUGUUGCUCUUGCCAAAGCUGUUCAUGAAAGAUUUUUUAUUGGUGUUAUGGAACCUCAAUUAAUGCAAACUUCUGAGAUGGGUAUUCUGACAUCAACUGCUCUGCUUCAUCGCAUUGUUCGGCAAGUAACCUCUGACAUUUUGCUUCAAGAAAUGGUGUUUUUCAUCCUUGGAGAACAGAGGGAACCAGAAACUCUGGCAGAAAUCAGCAGACAUCCUUUAAGACAUAGGUUAAUUGAACAUUGUGAUCACAUAUCUGAUGAGAUAAGCAUAAUGACAUUAAGAAUGUUUGAACAUCUUUUGCAAAAACCCAAUGAGCACAUUCUUUACAACUUGGUCCUAAGAAAUCUUGAAGAAAGAAACUAUACAGAAUAUAAACCUGUGUGCCCAGAAGAUAAAGAUGUAGUGGAGAAUGGAUUAAUAGCAGGAGCAGUAGAUCUGGAAGAAGAUCCUUUGUUUACUGACAUUUCACCAGAUAACACUUUGUCAAACCAAGAGUGGCUUAGUUCUUCACCUCCUGCUUCUCCAGACCACCCCAAAAAUGAUGGGAAAACUGAAGUCCAUAAAAUUGUAAAUAGUUUUCUCUGUCUGGUACCGGAUGAAGCAAAAUCAUCCUACCAUGUGGAGGGCACGGGAUAUGACACCUACCUCCGAGAUGCUCAUAGGCAGUUCCGGGAUUACUGUGCUAUCUGCUUAAGAUGGGAGUGGCCUGGGUCUCCAAAAGCAUUGGAAAAGUGCAAUUUAGAAGCAGCUUUCUUUGAAGGUCAUUUUUUGAAAGUUUUAUUUGACAGAAUGGGAAGAAUUCUUGAUCAGCCAUAUGAUGUCAAUUUACAAGUAACAUCAGUGUUAUCUAGACUUUCUCUCUUCCCUCAUCCACACAUACACGAGUACCUUUUGGACCCUUAUGUGAACCUUGCUUCUGGCUGUAGAUCUCUCUUCUCUGUAAUCGUCAGGGUUGUUGGAGACCUCAUGGUUCGAAUCCAGCGUAUUCAAGAUUUUACUCCCAAGCUUCUAUUAGUCAGAAAGCGAUUACUUGGUCUGGAACCUGAAGGCCCUAUUAUCGAGCACAUCACGUUGCUGGAGGGUGUGAUUGUGCUGGAAGAGUUCUGUAAGGAGCUGGCGGCCAUCGCCUUUGUGAAAUACCAUGCUGCCUCCACACCAUAAACAGCAUCUUGCAAGUAACCAAGGGAACAGAACUGUUGUAUGCAUUUCAUCAAAAAGCCUCAGUUCCACCCAGCCACGAGAGGAUAAAAGCCUUUUUAAAUGAAGCAUUGCUGUAAACUGGACAGAACCAUUCAGAACCCACUGAGUGGACACUCAGUACAAUGUUGUGUGAUGUUGACUUUAUCAUAAUGGUUCUAGAUAUAAAGUUGCACAUCCUUGAGUCCAGGAUACAAUCAAAGGAACUUCAGGAAAUAAGCAUUUCUAAUGCCUGUGUGAAAAGCUGCAAAAUUUCUGAUGUCAUGACUUUGAUGAUAUUUCUGUUAAUUUAAUAUCCUUUUAGGUAGCAAGGCAUUUUGACAUUCUCUGGGACUCAAGUGCUUAUAUUCUUUUGGAUUAAUAAGUAGCAGGAAAAAAAAAAAUAAUAAGUAGCAGGAAAAAAAACACCUAAUUUUAUAACUUUUUAAGGUCAGAAUUCUUAUCAAACAAAAUAUUGAAAAAAAGUGUAAGUGAGAAAAAAAGUACAAUUU